UCCGUCACGCAAGCGCACUAGGGAGUUUCUGAGUGUCCGGAGGCCGCGAAGAACUACAUUUCCCAAUGCCCUUAAGCAACGGAAGUGACGUAAUAGCAGACAUAGUUGGAGGGUUCGGGUAAAAAUGGCCGAAUAUUUAGCUUCGAUAUUCGGGACUGAGAAGGACAAGGUUAACUGCUCUUUUUACUUUAAGAUCGGGGCCUGCCGGCACGGGGACCGGUGCUCCCGGCUUCACAACAAACCGACUUUCAGCCAGACCAUAGUGCUGCUCAACCUGUACCGGAAUCCACAGAACACCGCCCAAACCGCAGACGGAUCGCACUGUCACGUGAGCGACGUGGAGGUGCAAGAACACUAUGAUAACUUCUUCGAGGAAGUGUUCACGGAACUGCAGGAGAAGUACGGGGAGAUUGAAGAGAUGAAUGUGUGCGACAACCUGGGGGAUCACCUCGUGGGCAAUGUUUAUGUCAAGUUUCGGCGCGAGGAGGAUGCAGAGCGGGCAGUCGCUGAACUCAAUAACCGCUGGUUCAACGGGCAGGCUGUGCAUGCCGAGCUGUCUCCCGUCACUGACUUCCGGGAGUCGUGCUGUCGGCAGUAUGAGAUGGGGGAAUGUACCCGGGGUGGUUUCUGCAACUUCAUGCACCUGCGACCUAUCUCCCGCAACCUCCGGCGGCAGCUCUAUGGGCGGGGACCCAGGCGCAGGUCACCCCCAAGGUCCCAUACUGGCCACCGUCCCCGAGAAAGAAAUCGACGACGGUCCCCAGACCACCGGCAUGGCCAUUUCUGAGAUGCUGACCUUGCCCUCCACCCCUGGCAGGCACAUAUGUUCCUGGCCAGGACCCCUCCUCAAAGCCCCCUUAACUCCCUAGUGCCAUCUUUUCCAUGCUCCGGGUCUCCAUGAUGUAAUACCUUCAACACAGGGACCUUCUAUCGCCCCGCCCCUAAUAAAGUUCUAUAUUGAGGGUUUA